CACCAGAAAAAUUGUAUAGAUAACUCGAAAUCGGUACCGUUUUGAACGGAAAAAUUGGAAUGGUAGAUUUAGCUUAGUAAAGACUAUCUGCUCAUCAAUUAUAAAAUCUGACUUCAGUUUUCUUUUAAAUAUAUCUCUUUCCUAAAGGGUUAAUAAAUGCCGUGCAACACAUACUGUCUCUAUGUUAUGAAAUGCAUGCUCUUUCUAUCGGUGAAGGCAUAAUUAUACCUGCUACUUCAUUUUGAAUCGUUUUUGUUUUAACUUUGCAUAGUACUAACAUAUGUGUUUCUAUAGAUGAGGUAUAUUCAGAACGUAUCUUUAGAAAAAUUCUAAACAAGUUUCUUAACACAGAAGAACACCAAUUGUUCUAUUAAAAUUAGAUAUCUAGCAAAUGUUGUGGCAAAAGUUAUGGACCACGCCAACGAGUCAGGAACGUUCAACGAAUCUGUCCUUAAUCUUUCAUGCGAAGAUGUUGCUGAUGCUGUCAAAACAUUAUACAACGUUACAGUUAAAAGUGUGAAAAAACUGUACGGUUAUGAUGAUCUGAACUUCAGAAUAAAUUCCCACAAUGAAAGUUUUGUUUUGAAAGUUAAGCAACAAAAGUACGACGGAGCGAGCCAACAAGCUGUUUUAACGAAAAAGAUAAUGAAACAUUUAAACGCUGAUGGUUUUCGAGUUCCGGUGGCUGUCACAACGAUCAACGGUAAAGAUGUAACAGCGAGCUAUGUAUUUGGUGAUAACAAAACUCAAAGACAGUUGGAAAUGUUCACGUACUUACCCGGCAAGAGUAUAUUAGAACUGAAACUGAGCCCUGAAAUACUGGUAGAUACAGCUAGAGAUGUGGGGGUACUUUUCGGAUCAGUUACUAAAUCCCUUGAGAAACUAAACAAUUUGCUGUCGAUUGAAAACUACGUAGUAUCAUCAAGUGACAUAUGGCAAACACAAAACUUCCCUCAAGUCCGAUCUUAUCUACACUUUGUCAAAGAUAAAAAUCUCAACAUGGUGAUUUGUGAAGUUUUUGAUGCAUUCGCAGCGAUGUUUCCAAGUUUAAAAAAACAACUUAAUCGCGGUUUAAUACAUGGAGAUUUUAGCACCACAAACAUCAUCGUUGAAAAACUGGGACAAGAAAUGGGAGUUAUUGAUUUUGAAGACUCAACAUUGUCUUACAGAGUGUUUGACUUGUCCGUGUGCAUCGGAUACAUGAUGGUUUCGGCGCUCGACGUAAAAGCUGACCCUAUGCUUUUGAUUAAAAAUUUGUACCAGGGCUACGCUUCCGUGGCAUCGCCGUUAAACUCUGGAGAAAAGGAGAUUCUUUUUGUUGCCGUGCAAGCGAGAUUGGCCACGUCUUACAUAAUGUCGCGGUAUACGCUGUCGUUGCAUCCAGAGAACGAAAAAUAUCUUGAUUGGCAAUCGUCAAAAUGUCCAAAACUACUUUUGCUUUUGCAUUCCAAGGGUAAAGAGCAAACAUUGCGUGAAUGGGGAGUAUUACCGCAUUAGGUAAUUUUUAAAAUAAUAAUCGAAGUUUUAAAAGUUUAGUACGAUGGGGGAAGAUGGGACACUUAAGCACAUAUUGCCAAAUAUUUCCAAAAUCAAAAUA